AUGCGAUCAGAUCUACUUGAACUAAUACAACUGCUGAAUGAACAGGCUGAAGAAUGUGGGAGUGCUGAAGAUGCUCAAACUCCGGCCGCUGAAGCCGAUAAUGCUGAGAAUUUCGACGACUUCGUUGGAAUGCGUUGCAUGGCACCUUAUCCAAAAGCACAACUACCGAUAUCCCAUCAUGCUGCUAUAAUUCUAGAAGUUUUACCGCAAGAUGUCACUGGUCCUGACAAAGGCUUGCAGGCCAAAGUUCUGUACAGCCAUCCAAUGUUGAAUGGAAUGCGACCGUGUUCUCACUUCCUUGCUGGAACAUGCCGCUUCGAUGAAAAAUGCAAAUUUAGCCAUGGAGAAGUCGUGCAGAUGGCUGACAUGAAUGAAUACAAGGAUCCAGAUUUUAAGUGAGU